AGGCAUGAGGGGAGAUCGCAUCAACGAUCCUUGAACAUUAGCUCUGAUGAGAGCGCGGACAGCAGCUCUGAUGAAGCUCUGGACACGAGCUCUGAUGAACCCGCGUACACCAGCUCUGAUGAAGGUGUGGACACGAGCUCUGAUGAACGGGCGUACAACAGCUCUGAUGAUGGCGUGGACACAAGCUCUGAUGAAGGCAUGUGCUACCGUAUGAAGAAAAAGAAGGUUCAGAAGACAUGCAAGGAUGUGUGUGACUGCCCUAGAGAGUACUCAGUUGGAUAUGAUCCUAAUUCUAAAGCCGACUGGAUGUAUUCAAAGAAAUUUAUGAUGUCAAAGUGUGCUCGAAAGCGUCUUAGCUGCUAUGUUCGUUCUGUUAAGCCUGCUAUUAGGCACUAUGUGUGUGAGAUGAACAAGACUUUUACCAAAGCUGGGCAGAGAAUGUACUUCUCUACUUUGUUCACUGAGAAGCACCUCAUGAAGUUUCUCUCCAGUCCGGUUGACCGAAUGCGGAUUAAGCUUUCAUCUGGGCGUUGUUUAACCUAUGUUCGACUGAUAAAAGGGGUUGACAAGAGGGUUGCUAUAACACAUAACUGGAGCCGCUUUGCGGAAAGAGCGAAGCUAAAAGAACGGGAAAUCUGUGUCUUUUCUCUCCGACAUUGCAAGGAGGUGCCAGAGUUCACUGUGCACAAAAUCUGAAGAGGUUUCUGUGAUGCAGUUUGGAAGUAGGAAGAUGGGAAGGUGUUCUGCAAGGACAUGUAGAUAUGUUCUCUAGUAUGAUGGUAUGCCUAUGUUUAGUAAUGUUCAGUCGUUUGAUAGACUAUGGUCGGGUUUGUUGGGCCAAGGGAACCAGGAUGCUUUUCUUUUGGCAGUAAUGUAUCCUCUAUGCUAUCUAUGUAAUGUAAUGAUGAUGAAGACUCUAAACUAUUAGUGAGCUAUAUGCGUUUUCCUAACAUUGUAGUUCUGUUU